UCUUCAGGGAGGGGCACACGUGCCUCCAGGGACCUGCACUCCCCGAGGACCCCAGACAGUUCCUCAGCCCCGCGCCCGUGGACUGCUCAGCUCACCCUCGAGUGGCACAGGAAUCCCAGGCCUCUCAAGCUCACCAGCACCCUUCAGACACGUAGGGAGCUCGAUGACAGCGACAUGCACAGCUUGUUCAAGGGACGCGGGUGGAGACACGCCGGCCAGGACAGCUGCUGAGGCCCCCUGCAACACACGCCAAGCCCUGCUGCCCAGCACACGUGCAAUUGAACUGCUUGCACUGGCGCACGCGUGUGAAGAUCUCACGGUCCUCCACUCAUUCAUUCACUCAUUCAACAAGCACUCCGUUGAGCUCCCGCUGUGCGCCAGGCACGACGGACGCCUGUGGAUUCAACGCGGAGGGAGGCCAACAGAAGCCUCUGCCUGUAGCGGGACAGCUCUUUGCAGCUUAACCAGUAAACUGUCUGCGUCCACCCAGAACACCUUGCUCCUUACGGGACGAAUCUGCCAGCCUGUGUGACGUGCUCUCACGAAGCUCUCAUUCUAGAAGAGGAGUGACCGUGGCUUACGGGAUGGACUCUAGGGUCUCUGAGCCUCGGAAGCAGGACCUGACAGAGGCAGGGGCAGAGCAGGAACUGCGGUGGUUGGAGCUGGGCUCCGAGGAGGCCCCAGGAGCUGGGACAGAGGGGCCCAGCGCCCCACAGGCCUGGGGGCGCCUGCUGCAGGCCGUGUGGAAGGGUCACGUGGGCCUGGUGACUCAGCUGCUGCGGCAAGGGGCCAGUGUGGAGGAGAGGGACCGCGCGGGCAGGACCCCGCUGCAUCUGGCCGUGCUGCGCGGCCACGUGCUGCUGGUGCGUCUCCUGCUGCAGCGCGGGGGCCGGGCCGUAGCCGCAGACCGCGCGGGGCGCACGCCGCUGCACGAGGCCGCCUGGCAUGGGCCCUCGCAGGCGGCCGAGCUGCUCCUACGGCGCGGGGCGUCGGCGAACGCGUGCUGCGAGGCCGGCCUCACGCCGCUGCACUGGGCCGCCGCGCUGGGCCGCACGCUGCUGGCCAGGCGCCUGCUGGACGCACCGGGCCCGGGCUCCGCAGCGGCGGACGCGCGCGGUUGGACGGCGGCGCACUGGGCGGCCGCGGGCGGCCGGCUGCCGGUGCUCGAGCUGCUGGCGGCGGGCGGCGGCGCGGGCCUGGACGGCGCCCUGCUCGUGGCGGCCGCGGCCGGGCAGUCGGCAGCGCUGCGCCUCCUCCUGACGCACGGGGCGCGGGUGGACACCCGGGACGGCGUGGGGGCCACGGCGCUGGGUGUCGCGGCCGACCUGGGCCGCCGGCAGGACAUGGAGAUGCUGCUUGAGCACGGGGCCGACCCAAGCCUCAAGGACAGGCACGGCCGCUCUGCACUCCACAGGGCUGCUGCUGGUGGACAUCUGCUCGCCGUCCAACUGCUGGCCGCCUGGGGAGCGGAGGUGGACGCUCGGGACACAUUGGGCCUCACCCCCCUGCACCACGCUGCCCGGGGAGGCCACAUGGAGGUCGCCGGCCACCUCCUGGCCAGGGGUGCGAAGGUCGACGCCGCUGGCUGGCUCCACAUGACCCCCCUGCAUCUUGCCGUGGAGCGCGGCCACGGCUCCACCGCGGAGCUUUUGCUGAGCCGAGGGGCCAGCCCCACCCGGGGGACGCAGUGCGGGGAGGUGGCCCAGGACCUGGGGCCUGCCGUCUGUGGAGAGCAGGAGGAGCCCUAGGGGCACAGGGCCCCAGGGCUGCAGGGCCAGAGCAGGACCAAAGGCUCCAGGCUCCCACGGCCUUCAGGGCACGCAGGCUCCUCUCCGCUGGUCUGAGGCCACCUGCCAGGGUGCACGGGAGAACACCCCAGAGGUCCCUGGAGGAGAAGGAAGCAGUGGCUGGAGACCCAGCAAGAAGCGUGGGGCUGACCUGGAACCAUUCCAGACUCCCAGGGCCACGUCAGCCCUGCAGCUCCAGCCCUGUGCACGCUCUUUGGCGGAGAGACUGAGUCGUGGCCACAGAACUGACCAAAACCCGAUGGGCUCCCGUUUGUCCGUCCCCCAUUGGGGUGUCAGCCUCGGUGCUCCCCCCGGGCACACUGGCACUCUUACUGUGUUUCCUUAGAUUCAGUAUUUGUCUCUUGGCACCCACUCACUAAUGACAGGGCCAAACGAACGGCCAGUUGUCCUCCUCUCCCCUGCCGUCCCUACCCACGCCCUGAACGGCUGCCUUCUCUCACAUGCCCAGCUGACAUCCCUCUGCCUGAAGUCAUCCAGGGCCAGGCCUGCCUCUGUGCACCAAGGCCCACUGGAUUAUCAAACAAACCAAUCAGAAACUGUUUCCCUGCCCUGCCCUGCCCUGCCUUUUCCGCAGGAACCCCAAUAAAGGCCUGAGCCUUCCCCGGGCCCCUGCUCUUGCCUCCCGAUCGACACUGCUGCUUCUGCCUGUGUCCCUGUGGGGCGUGGUGUGCCCUCCCCUCAGGAAAUGUAAGGCAUAAAAAUCUGCUUUCAGGGGCUUCCCUGGUGGCGCAGUGGUUAGGAAUCCGCCUGCCAGUGCAGGGGACACAGCUUUGAGCCCUGGUCCAGGAAGAUCCCACAUGCUGCGGAGCAACUAAGCCCAUGCGCCACAACUAUUGAGGCUGCGCUCUAGAGCCUGCAAGCCACAACUGCUGAAGCCCGUGCGCCACAACUACUGAACCCACGUGCCUAGAGCCCAUGCUCUGCAACAAGAGAAGCUACCGCAAUGAGAGGCCCGUGCACCGCAAUGAAAAGCAGGCCCCACUCGCCACAACUAGAGAAAGCCACCGUGCGCAGCAACGAAGACCCAACACAGCCAAAAAAACAAAAACAAAAACCUGCUUUCAAUAGCUUUAACCUCUCCCUGUCAUCACUCAGC